ACAUGCGUAUGUAUGUAUAUGUUGUACUCGCUCGUGGUUCAUUCGCGUGGUUCAGCAGGAGCAACCGGAGCAACGCGAACAACGUGAUCGGUGGUUCGUCGACGUGAUGACGUCAGAUCUCGAAGCAUAGGCCGAGAACGCGUUUAAAGCCGAGUAGGGCGUGAAAUCGUGCGUUUUCUUGUGCGUCGCGUCGCGUCGCGUCGCGGAUGGAAGUAUGUGCAAAUAACAGCACGCGCGCGCGGCCGUUUUAUCCACGGGAUAAAUUAUGUUUGGUGCUGUUUUAACGUGAUCGACAGUGAAUAGUGUACCAUGUUCCGCUGCAUUCCGAUUUUUAAAGGGUGUAACAGGCAGGUGGAAUACGUUGACAAGCGUCAUUGCUCUCUGCCGUGCGUCCCCGAUGAUAUCCUGCGAUAUUCGAGGAGUUUAGAGGAGCUUCUACUAGACGCGAAUCAUAUCCGUGAUCUACCAAAAAAUUUCUUCCGACUCCAGAGGCUACGAAAACUUGGCCUGAGCGACAAUGAAAUACAUCGUUUGCCACCAGACAUCCAGAAUUUCGAAAACCUCGUCGAGUUGGACGUGUCCAGGAAUGAUAUACCGGACAUUCCCGAAAAUAUCAAGAAUUUACAAGCGCUACAGGUGGCCGAUUUCAGCAGUAAUCCUAUUCCAAGACUUCCAGCAGGAUUUGUACAAUUAAGAAAUUUAACUGUACUUGGACUUAAUGACAUGUCCCUUACAAACUUGCCACCUGAUUUUGGAAGCUUGGAGGCAUUACAGUCACUGGAAUUAAGAGAAAAUUUACUCAAAUCCUUGCCUGAAUCGCUCUCUCAACUUUUAAAACUCGAACGGUUGGAUCUCGGUGACAAUGAGAUCGAAGAAUUGCCUGCACAUAUAGGACAGUUACCAGCGCUGCAAGAAUUGUGGCUUGAUCACAACCAGUUACAACAUUUGCCACCGGAAAUUGGUGAACUGAAAACGUUAGCAUGUUUAGACGUUUCGGAAAAUCGUUUAGAGGAUCUUCCUGAUGAGAUUGGCGGUUUGGAAUCAUUAACAGAUUUGCAUUUAUCACAGAAUGUUAUUGAAAAAUUACCUGACGGGCUCGGCGAAUUGAAAAAAUUAACUAUUCUUAAAAUAGAUCAAAAUAGACUUUCUACCUUAAAUCCAAAUAUAGGAAGAUGCGAGAAUUUGCAAGAGUUAAUUCUUACAGAGAAUUUUCUUUUAGAGCUACCAUUGUCUAUAGGCAAACUUUAUAAUUUAAACAAUUUGAAUGUUGAUAGAAAUAGCCUGCAAUCAUUACCGAUAGAAAUUGGAAAUCUGAAAAAGUUAGGUGUGCUAUCUUUAAGAGAUAAUAAAUUGCAAUAUCUUCCGGUUGAAGUGGGACAGUGUACUGCUCUUCAUGUUUUAGAUGUAUCUGGCAAUAGAUUACAUUAUUUACCAUAUUCUUUAAUCAACUUGAAUCUGAAAGCGGUAUGGUUAAGCGAAAACCAAGCGCAACCAAUGCUAACGUUCCAGACAGAUAUUGAUGAGGAAACGGGACAAGAAGUACUAACGUGUUUUCUUUUGCCACAAUUGGAAUUUCAUCCUGAUGAUUCAGGUAGAUUAGGAAUGUUAGUUGGUAUGAGAAAUGUUCAAGGUUGUGAAAUGCGUGAGUUGACAAGUAGCGAUGAUGAAGGUUGGCAAGAAAGAGAAGCCUCAAGAACGCAUUCCGUGAAAUUUACUGACGAACCACCAGAAGCCGAUAAAGAGAUUCCAUUUAUACGUCAAAACACACCACAUCCAAAAGAAUUAAAAGCUAAAGCGCAUAAGUUAUUUAGCAAAGGAAAAAGUGAAAGUCGAUCGGAAUCUACGGAUGAACAGGAUGUUUCUCAAACAUUUGGAUUAGAUAAAAUAGAAUCAGAACCACCAGUCAAUCUUGUAGAGAUGCCACAAUGUGUUUCUGAGCAGGAGGAAUAUGUAGAAUGCAAUAUUAUACAAGAUGACCACAAAAAGCCAACACUUGGCAUUGAAGCUGAUCGUACAGAUAUUCAACUUAAUAAAGAAGCUAAUAAUCUUUCCAUUCCAUCUGCCACGGAAUUUCAUGCAAAUGCAAGAACUGAAAAUUCUGUCUCAGAAUCAAAAGAAAGAGAUGAAGAAGAAUCUGAAAAUGAAGAUGUACAAAGACACGUUGAAUUUAGUAUUGUAGAAGACGCAAAUAACGAAGAUGUUUGCGAUUCAAAUAAACCUAAUAAACUUCAACGUAGAGACACUCCACAUCAUCUGAAAAAUAAACGCAUUCAUACAGCAAUUGAUAAAGAAAAAGUUGCUUCGAUUAUUGCGCAGGCGCUUAUGAAAAAAGUUGAUGAGACUCCUACAUCUUUACCAUCACAAGUGGAAUCUAUGGAAACAUUUGACACGCAUAGUCAAGUAGAUCCAUCACAAGUGGAAUCUAUGGAAACAUUUGACACGCAUAGUCAAGAUGCAACGUCUGAUAGUGAACCAGCAUUGGAAAUACGGGAAGAACAAUAUGAAAUUCAUGUAGAAAGAACGACAGGUGGAUUAGGUUUGUCAAUAGCUGGUGGUAUCGGAUCGACCCCUUUUAAAGGCGAUGAUGAAGGCAUCUUUAUUUCAAGAGUUACUGAAGGUGGACCCGCAGACUUGGCUGGUUUGAGGAUAGGAGAUAAAGUAAUAUCUGUUAAUGGAGUAUCGGUAGUAAAUGUAGACCAUUAUGAUGCUGUAGAAGUAUUGAAAGCAUGUGGACGUGUACUUGUGUUGGUUAUUAUACGGGAAUUUACAAGGAUAAUUCCGCCGUAUGAACAGGCAUCAACGAGGAAAGAUUCCGUAUGUUCCAGCUUAAGUACAAGUAGAGCACCAAGUGCAACAUCCUAUGUUUCAUCUACAGCAUUGUCACAUACUUUAGAAAAUGGCGACACAUCAAUGUCUCAUGAAACUUCAAAGACGAAAAAGAUUCCUGAGCCUAUAACGACUGUAAAAGAUAAUGAACCUAUGGUGUCCGUUCUCUUUCACACAACAUUAAUACGAGAUCAAAAUGGGCUUGGAUUCAGUAUUGCUGGUGGAGAAGGUUCGCCACCAUUUAAGAAUAAUAACGAUGCAAUUUUUAUCUCGAGAAUAACAGAUGGCGGAGUUGCCCAAAAAGAUGGUAAAUUAUUAAUUGGAGAUAAAGUAAUGUCCAUUAAUGGAGUAGAUAUGAGAGGAGCGAAACACGAACAAGCAGUGGCUUUACUUACAGGCUUAGAAAGAUUUGUUCGAUUAGUAGUCGAACGGGAAAUACCACUUUCUCAAGCAAAUCUCGCCACUGCUGUGACGCCUUCUGAAAAAUCGCCACGCGUUAUAGGUGUACCAAAACCUUAUACAGGCCUGUAUAAUGCUAAUAGUUAUAUGGCCAAUAGGUCUGGAUACGGUGGAUAUCGUCGCUCCAUGGAUGCUGACAAAGCAUUGACACCGAGUCCUACUUCAAAAACACCGCCGUCGCCACCGGCAUUACCCGUGAAAUCCGAUGUCAAUGAGAUGCCUAAAAUGAACGGUGUAACUGAUUCAGGAAACAUUCUGAAGAAUGUUUCACCAGUAUCUCCCAGCCCGACAAGUAAUCAAACAUAUCCACAGCCAGCUCCAAGACAUAGUGUUUCGCAGCCGACACCUACAAAUAAUGCUGGUUCUGCAGCUACAACUCCUCAUGUAGAGCCUAGACCAGCAUCUCCGCAGGAAGACAUACAGGUACCGAAGCCAAUCACCAACGAGGAAUUUCAAGCUAUGAUCCCCGCUCAUUUCCUUCGACCUCCAACAUCCUCGCCUUCACCAGACUCCCAUCAGGGCCCCAUUGUGACAGUGACGAUAAAGCAGCCCGAUACUUUGCCUGGAGAUGUUAGUUUUCCUCCAGCUCCUACUACACUCGGUAAAGUUACUGAGACCAUCACAAAGAGUACACUCACCGAGACCGUCGUAACUAGAGUGACUGAUAACCAGUUGGUGCAACCACUCAUUAUCGAGGAUGUUGUUCUUAUCAAAGAAGGCUCCUUAGGCUUCAGUAUCAUAGGAGGAACUGACCAUUCGUGUACACCAUUUGGUGAAAAGGAACCAGGAAUUUUUAUAUCUCAUGUUGUUCCUGGUGGCAUAGCAGCCAAGUCCGGUAAACUGAGAAUGGGUGAUAGGAUAUUGAAGGUGAAUGGUACAGAUGUAACAAAGGCUACGCAUCAAGAAGCAGUAAUGGAACUUUUAAGACCAGGCGAUCAAAUCGUGCUUACUAUUCAACAUGAUCCACUUCCUGAAAGUUACCAGCUGGUCGAAAUAGAGUACAUCCCUGUGACAGAAUUAGUGAUAACAAAGGAAGCAGGUGAGAAGCUUGGUAUGCACAUUAAAGGAGGACGAAGAGGCCAGAAAGGCAAUCCUUUGGAUCAUACCGAUGAGGGCGUUUUUAUAUCAAAGAUUAAUUCAGGUGGUGCAGCUAAGAGAGAUGGACGAUUGAAGGUUGGAAUGAGGUUACUGGAAGUCAAUGGCACAUCAUUAUUAGGUGCAACUCAUCAAGAAGCUGUCAACAUUCUUCGCUGCUCAGGGAAUACUAUUACGUUGGUUGUGUGUAAAGGUUACGAUAGAAGCGAGAUGGAAUCAAUAUUAACAUUAUCUGACGGUAGAGAUAGUAAAGGAAUUAAAACGUCUCACGAUUCAAAAGAUCCAACUACGGAUGACACUAAAUCUCUAUCACAAAGUGUAUCCAGUUUAGACCGAGAUGAUGAAGAAGCUGCGAUUCUUAGACAAGAACAAGAAAUGAAAGCUGAACUUGUUGCCUGGGAGCAAGAAGAACGAGAACGUGCGCUUGUAGAACAAAGAGAGAAAUCCACACCUGAAAAAGUGUUGGAUGUUGUACGUGCGGCAGAAUCAUUAGUAAGCAAAUCAAAUAGUCCUGUUGAUAUGGUUGUACCACCAAAAUCACCUGGGGGCACUAAAGAUCUCAAGACUACUACGAUUGUCAUGAGUAAACAUACACUAGCACCUCAAAAUCCUAAUAACUCAAGAACAAAUGAGCCAUCUGGAACACCAAAGGAUUUUUCUUCGUCCAAGUCUUCUACAAUCCCUGACCUUCCCAAGGCAGCUAAUUUUGAACGUUCCACUUCUAUGCAAACUUUACCUUUUCGAACGAAAAAAAAAUCUAUGCCAAAACGCAGUAUUACGUUUGCCGAUCUGCCACCGUCUUUAAAAAAGAGUUCAGAUUCCAUCGUUUAUUCGUCCCAUGUUAAGCCUACAUUAUCUAGAAUUGAACAAUCAAUUCAACCAUUACAGGAAACAUUUACUUCUCAUCCACAAGUUAUUUCCUAUCAAACACCUGCACGUUUCCAACUUCCCCCAACACCUCUAACUGCUCCCGAAUGCUGGGAAAAUCUUGAUACUUCGGCUUCUUUUAGCAAACGACAGAUAGCACGUUCUGUUGAUGGAAAUUUUCAGGUUGAGCAAUCUCCAACUUCAUCUCCAACGCCACCAUUGACGAAAAUGUCAGUCAGCGAUAAAAAGAAGUUAUUCGAAAGUGCUAUGGAAGAACAUUUAAAACCUUCCCCUAAAACAGAUAAAAUAUUCAGCUUUUUAAGUCAAGACGAGGUAGAAAAAAUGAGACAAGAAGAAGAAAAAAAAAUUGCAACUUUGACGCGAGACGAACUCAAAUCAUGGGCACAACUUGAUGAAAACGAAGGUCUCGAAGAUUUGGAUAUAAUAGAAGAUCAGGAUAAUGGACGUCCUAAUAGCCGACUGAGCUCGCGAACUUCGAUCCCUCUUAUCCAGAAUGUUCCCAGCAGCGUACGGACAGCAAAAGCGGAACGUCGUUUGAAAGAACGUUUAAUACAAGAGGGCCUUAUUUCGGACGAAGAUGAGGAACAUCUUUUAAGUCCUGCAGAACAGCGAGCACUCAGAGCGGAGAAACGUGCUGCUUGGCGACAAGCGCGCCUUAAAUCUCUCGAGCAGGACGCGCUCCAGGCACAGAUGGUAAUCAGAAAAAUGAGUGAAAUAAUGGACGCUGCUAAUAAAGAGGAAGAUUCGCAUGACGCGGCUGUUGCGACCGACCCUACUCCUGAUCAAGAGAAAGCAGUUGAGUUUACUACGUUACGGCCGUCUAGCGCAGAUUUUCCUAAGCUCGCUGUGCGCAGUAAAGUGGGUCCUCCUAAAGAGAUACGCGAAUCUGAGAAAGUAGUGGACGAGAAGGUCACUCGGCGUACCGAGGAAUAUCUUGACGAGGUGACGGGCGAACGUCGUGUAAGAACUGUCGAAUACGUCGAGAAGCUCAUUGAGCGUCAGGUGGAAACUUUGAGGGAGAAGAUUAUAUCAUUGGAAUUAAGCAAUGCAGAAGAAGACGUGGAAAGUAUAACUGGUACUGGUGCGAGCGAUGCUGAAAGUGAAAGUGAAGAUACCACGGGACAAAAUAUGGCUGCUAGUACCGUAAAAGAAAAAACAGAUUCUAAUCCUACGACCGAUACAUCUGAAAUUGCGAAUGAAACUUGUAUUAAAACAAAUGCAAAUAUUACUGUUGCGUCUACAAAAAAGAAGAAACGUAAGCGAUCAAAAAAAGGUCGUCACUGACAAAAUGUUUUAAUGAUAGGAAUAAGUAUACAAAACAUUGAUGUUAGGGAGACUUGGAUAAAAAUUGACGAAAUUUUUACUAUUUCAUUAUUUUACUAUUGCACAAAUUUAUUGUGUAAUAUCGUUCUAUGUGAAUAUGCAUACAUUUAUGAUACAUAGAUAAAUCACAUACAUACACACACACACACACGCGCGCGCACGCGCGCGCGCGUGCGCACUUAUGUUUCAAUAUUCUUUUUAGUUUUCAAUGCACCGAUAUGCAAUUACUAUCACAUAAAUAUACUUGUAUUUUAUCUUUCUUUUUCCUUCAUAUAAAUAUAAUGUAUGAAUAUAACAAAAAUGGCGAUCUGGCUCUAGAUAAACGUAUUGUAUUCAGUAAAAAUAUAAUAGAUAUUUAUACGAAGCUUCAUGAUUGAUUCAAUGAAUACAGUACGUCUAUUUAUCUGUAUAGAAGUAUAAUCAUUAUUUUUAUUACAUUUUGUAUACGUACCACAUAUGUAUUACAAUUUCAUAAAUCUAAGUAUAACAAAUUGAUGAAUUUGCAUAUUUUGAUAUUAAAUCGUGUUAUUGCA